GUACAACAAGGCCACUCUGGUGUCAUUUAGAAAAUUCGCAUUGGACAAUAUACAUAAAGACUGAAGAAUAUUCCAAGAAAAGGAAAAAGGCUCAAACAGAAAGUGAAAGUAUAGAGGAGUCUUUAAAAAAAUCAUCCACAUCACCAGUUGACUCCUCAUCUACUACCAUGACCAUGGUUGAUAAUGAAAAAUGUUGUAAUAUGAUUGCUAUUUGGCUCAUAAAUCGUCAACGCCCAUUCCUCACAGCAGAAGAUCUGGAACUUAUUGAAAUUUUUAAAUAUUUGAAUCCCGAAAUCAAACCAGUGAAAGCUGAUGCAAUUAAGGAUACAGUUAUGAAGCUUUACAAGGAGGAAAAAAGAGAGUUAAAGGCAUUUGUUCCUGCCACAGCUCAUUACAUUGAUGAUUACUGGGUCCUUCAUGAAACAAUUACCGAUUUUGGUUUAAUGAGUGGGAGACAUGAAGGGGCAAAAAUUGCUGAUGGGUUCUUUGAUGUGUUGAAGGAAUAUGACAUUAUAUCAAAAUUUCAUGCUGUUACCUUGGAUAGUGCCUCCAAUAAUGACACUUUUGCGUGGGAAUCGGCAACAAAGUUAAGAGAAGAAAUGGGAAUUGAGUGGAACUCAGAAUGUCAUCAACUCUGA